AGUGAUGCCACAUCAACGUGCUGCUCGCACAUGUUCCUUCAAAAACACUUCCCUACGCCCAGGCGAAAAGGUUCACCAGAAGCAAGGCAACACCUGUAAGACAUACACUUGCACCCGUAAGGCCUCUGGUGGUGGAUCACCUAAACUAACAACAUCUACAAAGACCUGUGUGACAACUUGCAGCACGGGCUUUGAGUUGAGGGACUCUCGCGAUAAAAAUGAUUGCUGUCCAGAAUGUGUUCAAGUAAAAUGUAUUUAUAAUUCUCCAACUUCUCCUGAGCUCAUGCUUGAGCCAAACCAGAUGCGUCACAUUGAUGCAUGCACUCGAGUUUAUUGUACUUCAGUUGAAGGGCAUGUCAUUACCCAAGAAGCUAAAGAACAUUGCUCUACGAGUUUGGAAGCAUGCAUUAAGUCUGGUGGUGAGAUGUUUGCAUCUGAAGGUUCUUGCUGUCAGAUGUGUGCUGUUGCUGCGACAAUUCAAACAUGCAGUGCAGUUGUGAAGAAUGUCAAAUUGAUUGACGGUAUCUGCUCUGGCCAGGUUAACAUCAAUGUGUGUGAAGACAGGUGUUCCUCAAUGGCACAGAACAACCCAGACACGGCCCACAUGAUAACUCAGUGUGGCAACUGCGUGCCUAAAAAUACAAAGUUUACCAAAGUCACCUUGACCUGUGGUGAUGGCACUACCAGCAUCUAUACAAUUAUCGAACCAGUUUCAUGUCAAUGCAAGAUGAGUGACUGCAGGGAUUCUGAAUGAACCAUCCGACUUACGCAAAUUUCACCUUUUGAAGAUCCUAAUCCAGUUACAAAAGACAUGAAUGAAAACCUGGCUUUUGUGGAAAAGGGGUUCCUUUGAAAUCAUUACUAAGAUGUUUAUAGUUUGUCCAUAUUAUUUGCAUUUAACCAAAAUCAUAGACCCUAAAUAAAUUUGUUUUUCAUUAUCUCUAUUUCUUAGU